AUGGAUGAAGCGUUCGCACACCUCGAAGGCGCUGAAAAGAAGCACUGCGGGAAGGCUUUAGUGCCCCCAGAUGGUGGCUGGGGCUACCUUGUAUGCAUAGGCGUAGGAUUCACCUUUAUGCUUGGAUUUGGUUCCUCGAACGCUUUCGGCAUAUUGUUCAAUAACUUCUUCAUCGAACAAAACGGCGCCAGUGGGCUUCCUCUAGUCAUUGGAGUAUACAACGGAGCACUCUCUAUAGCAGGUUUUCUAAGUGGGAUAGCGUUGAAAAAAUAUUCUUUCAGGCAAGUUGGCUUGCUUGGCGCUGGUUUAUUCAUUCUAGGCGAUGUCCUAACUAUUUUUGUCACAAGAACUUAUCAGCUGGUCUUCACGUUCGGUGUUAUAAGAGGUGCGGGUUUCGGUGUCAUGAUACCAGUAAGCUUCACAGCGUUCAACUGCUACUUCACGAAGAAACGCACAGCUAUGAUGAGCGCCAACCAAACCAUGAGCAGUAUCGCUUCCAUAACAUUUCCAAUCCUCGUUACGUUCCUGCUGGGCGAGUAUGGAUUCCGUUGGACUCUCGCCCUCAUUAUGGCCGUGGAUCUGCACCUGUUGUUCGCAAUGCUAGUGAUGCACCCGGUCGAAUGGCAUAUGAUCAAAUCAAAGGAUGUCUCAAGUCCAGACCCAUUAAAUUGUGACGUCCUGGAAACUAAAUCAUUUAAAGUUGACUGUGAUGAAACUGUGGUCAAAAUGUUACCAGGUGAUGACGCUGCUGUUGAAAUUAAGGAAAUGACUACACCGAGUAGACACGAAUCCAUCCAAAAAAGUAUUAUAAAAAUUAUUUAUGAUAACGUUGAAUUGGAUUUGCUAAGGGAUCCAAGAUUUCUGAGCACUUUGGUUGGAUUGGGUUUUGCGUUCGUAUCUGACGUUACUUACCUAGCUAUGGAGCCUAUGUUAUUAUUCUCCUACGGAUAUUCGCAGAUGCAAGUGGCAACGUGCGUCAUGGUGGGUGCAAUAGCCGACCUGGUCGCAAGAUUUUCCUUGGCCGUGUUUACAUAUUUCUACACCGUCGACAGUAGAAAAAUUUUCUUUUCGGGGACCUGCCUGACAGUAAUACUGCGCAUCGCGCUUGUAUGCUCGAGUGAAAUAUGGUUCGUAUUCACCAUCACGGUCAUAUCGGGCCUGGUGCGGUGCUCUGUGCAGGUGCUUUUCCCCCUUGUGCUGGUCACAGCAGCCCCAGACAGGUUCCCAGCCGCCUUGGCACUACACAUCAUAUUCUCAGGAUUCCUUAUGCUUAUAGCCGAUCCGUUAAUAGGCCUAAUCUACGACGCAACGGGCACCUACUUGUAUUGCUUCUUUGCGAUGAGCGUAUGCUGUCUGGUUUGCGUGGUUUUGUGGACUAUAGAGUACAUAGUGUAUCGCAAGAAAACGAGU